UACAUCAAUUAACUAACAAGUUCGUGUAGAAUGGCGACUGCUUUGUGCCAGGGGCCGUCGGCUCGUAUGAUCAGGCGUCCAGCUUUUGGGGCGCUGGCCGUCCAACCUCUACCCUCCAUCCUACCUCGCGCCUCACGCGCCACGGUGCGCACCCAGGCAGCGAACACUGAUGCCGGUGCAGCAGGAGUAGCGGCUAUUGCCGUUGGGCUUCCGGCCAACGUCAUCAUGCUCUGGUCUGAGUGGACGCUCAAGACCACGGGCAGCGGCCUGCCUCCAGGCCCUGGUGGCGCGCUGGGCGCUGCAGAGGGUGUGAGCUACCUCGCGGUGCUCGCCAUCGUGGCCUGGAGCGCCUACACCAAGGCCACCACGGGCAGCGGACUGCCGGCCGGACCCGCGGGUCUGCUGGGCGCGGUGGAGGGCUGCUCCUACCUGGCCGUGCUGGCAGGUGUCGUGGUGUUUGCACUCAAAUACCUGUCGUGAUGAGCGAGCCCCCGGGUGGACUGGUGCGGCUUCAUCGUCCCUGCAUCGUACGACGUUUGGGCUUGCAGCAUGCAGCUGCACAGCUUUCGCUGCGGCUCAAGACGGCUGCUUGGUGUCAGUGUGUGCCAUAAACCCCAUAUUGUGGGGCCGCAACAGGAUUACAAUAACCACAUGAACGGGCAGCCGUGUUGCAUCAGCAGUAGCAAAGUCUUUAGCGCAUCCGCCAUGCUGCCAGGAAUUGACCAGGGCAGCCAGGGGCAGCGAGCAGCUAGCAGUCCUAUGCAUGUACACCACUAGGAGGGAUUACAGCCGAGGAGAGCGGCAGAUCCACAACCUACCACCACUCCGCUGCGCGCGAUCCCCUC